GGCUUUUGCGGCUGGAGCUUCCUCAACGCAGUCCACGAGCUGUUAGUCAUUGAGGACAUGGACGCCGACGCGCGGUUCGCAGCCAACUACUUUGUGGUGGACCCGCAGUUCACGCUGAAGUUCUACGUGGCCGCCCCGCUGCUAACCACCGACGGCCACCGCCUGGCAAGUGGCGCCCACGCCGGGGGCGCGCGCGGGGGCCCCCGCUGCGUCCCCUGUGCGCCCGCGCCAGCGGCGUCGCUCCAAGCGCCGCGCUGCUUGGCGGUUGCGCCGCGGCGCCGCGGCAUGGUCGUAGUGCGGGCGGGCACGCUCUGCGUGAUGGGCAACAAGGCGCAGCGCUUUGACGCGACGCGGGCGCAGGUCCUCGCGAACCUCGCGGAGAUGAUGGUGCGCCAGCUGGAGCAGAAGUGGGCGCGCCAGCUGUCAAACCAGAGCGAUGUGUCCGCGGCGGUGCAGCGGCUGCGGCCGCUGGGCGCGUACGACACGCCUUACCUGGUGGUGGACACGGCGUCGAGCCCGUGGCGGGUGCUGCACAUGAACAAUCCGGCGAUCGACAUGCUAGGCGUGGAGUGGGGCGCGUCGUACGCUGAGCUGGCGCUGCACAAGGCCGGCCGCGCGCGGUCAAAGUUUGACGGCGUACCGAUCUGCAGCGUGUUUGACCUGAGCGAGGCCACAGCUGAGUGGGCGCAGGGCGGCUGGGAGUUCACGCUGAGCAACGUGGCGGGCGCGGGCGGCGCGCCGGCGGCGGCGGGGCGGGGUUUCACGCUGCACUUUAGGGUCCCCCCUUGCCCGCCUGACGGCUCCUCUCACCCGAUCCACCGCCGACAAAAGCCCUCCGCCCCACCCCCUUUCAACCGCUUCGGCCCGCCCGAGGCCAGCCCUCGUCAACACCCCUUCAACCGCCUCCUGUCAAAGACGAUCUCUUCUAAAAGACGAUCUCUUCUAAAAUGA